GAUUAUAUUCGAAAGGAAUUGUGGGAGUGUCAGCCAUCUUUACACUAACUCAAGACCUUGGAACUGAUUUUGCGUUUAAUGGGGUAAAACAAGUAAUAAAAGUAGUUGUUUCUUAACCGAUUGUCAUUGGUAUAACGUGUUGUGUUUUAAUUAUAAAUAGUAUUAGACUAUUUAGACGCCAAUGGACGUCAUUAAUGGAUUACGUCAUCUACGUCGUCUACCAAAUUGACCUUCUGCGUUUGAGUUUGAGCUACAUCAACAAAAUCGAGGAAACAUCAAAUGGACUUCUCGAAUGGCAACUUUAGAACGACUUUUUUAAGUCUCAGAUACAUAGGUGGAGGUGUCUCACAAAAUAGAAUAUUAAAUGGAAAAGUGUGCUUCAGCAUGAAAAUUAUUGGGAAUACUCUAUUUUAGAUCACAGUUCACAUGAAGGUGUUCUGUUCUGUCUACAUCUACAUAUAGAAAGCAUUUUCCAACAAUGAAAUCUGUGAUUAUCCAGUGCACAAUUUUCAUAAUUAUGUAAAAUCUAAUAUUUAAUAUAUAUUGUCUCCUGACUGUUAACAAGCAAGCUCUUUGUGGGCAUUUUGCAACCACAGAGCACAGCAUGCUGAAUAGAUUUAACAAAAGUUGACAUGGCAGCAUUUAGCCAGGAGGCCAUACCAAACUCCAUCCCUUCAAACCAGCCAUUUCAAGCAUUCUGCUUGCAAGAAGAUCCAAUAGGAAUAUUGGGAACAAAAAGCUCUGACAACAUGAGCCCAGCUGAAAGUACAUCUUCAGUUAAUGAAACAGUUUGCAGAAAAAAAGAUACAUUAGGUUUGAAAGCAAUGUCAUCUAUCAUUCAUGCAGGUGUUAAAGAUGACAAAGCUAUAAAUAAUUGCUGUUCAUCAGUGAAUUGUACAGAUGUUAGUCCUAAUAAUGAAUCUCAAGUGGAAAAUGUUUCAUUAAAUGCUAAAGAUGGGUGUAAUGCUGUAAGCAUUUGCCAACCAAAAAAAUCUGAAGAACCACUUCAUCAAUUAGGAAAUGUUCCAAAAGAUGGUGAUACAUCAUCUAUUACAGUUCCAUUUGGUUGGAGAAGAAUCAUAUCAGAUGGUAGAAUAAUAUAUAUCAGUGAAGUUAGAUGGGAGGACAAUGGUGAUUUUUUUAGCGAUGAAUUCAGGGUUAUUUAUUCUUGUGGAACUAAAGGAAAGAAUGGUGUAGCAUUUAUUUUAGGUGAGAAGGUAAAAAAUUCAGUUGAAAGAAUUGAAUGCAGAGGUGACAGAAUUUUAAUGAUUAAAAUAAAAAGCGAUCCCAUGGAUAUGAUGAUAUUUCAAGUAUACAUGCCUACUGGAGACUAUGACGAUGAAGAAGUAGAAGAAAUUUAUGACCAAAUUGAAGAUAUAAUAGAAAAUGAUAAAACUAAGAAAUGCCUAAUUGUUAUGGGAGACUGGAAUGCAUCUGUAGGAGGAGGAGAUGGAAAAAUUGUGGGCAAGUUUGGGCUAGGAAAUAGGAAUGAAAGAGACGAACGACUAGUUGAAUUUGCUACCAAGCAUCAAUUAAUAGUUGUCAAGAUAAUUCGGACAUAUCCAGGAGCAGAUGCAGAUUCUGAUCACAACUUAUUAACUGCAGAUAUUGUGAUGAAAUUUAAAAAAGUUUUGAGAGCCAAAAGAAUAAAAAGAUGGAAUUUGGAAAAGCUAAAUGGAAAUACUGGAUUAAAUUUUAAAGAAAACCUGGAAUAUAAAUUAAAAGAACUUCCAUAUGACUUUGACUGUGAGUUUGACCCAAACGAAAAGUGGAAAAGAAUCAAAGAUACAAUAAAGAAAUUGGCUGAAAUUUUUCUUGGAUAUGUAAAUGGUGUUAGAAUAAAAAAACCUUGGGUUACUCAAGAAAUGAUUGAGAAAAUGGAUGAAAGAAGAAAUUGGAAAAAUAUAAAUAAUGAAAAAGGGAGAAUGAUGUACAAGAAGCUAAAUAAUGAAUUGAGGCGUGAAACUGGAAAAGCUAGAGAAGCUUGGUUAAGUAAGGAAUGUGAGGAAAUCGAAGAACUGAACAAAAAAGGCAGAUAUGAUCUAUCAUACAAAAAAGUCAAAGAACUAACAAAUGAUCGCACCCACCAAAUUCUGAGUAUUGAAGACAAAGAUGGAAAAGCACUUUUAACCCCAACUGAUAUAAUGGGCCAUUGGAAAGAAUAUAUUGGAGAUCUCUAUGGAGAGAACACCAAACCUAAAGAGUUAAAAUUGGAAAAAUCUUCUCAAAUAGCUAAUGAUGAAAGAGGACCUAUUAUCAUGAAAGAUGAAGUUGGAUUGGCAAUUAAAGAAUUGAAAAACAAAAAGUCAGAAGGAGUAGAUGGAAUACCAGCUGAAUUUCUAAAAGGGUUAGGCAAGGAAGGAAUCGAGAAAAUAACAGACUUAUGCAAUCUCAUAUAUAAAACAGGAGAAUGGCCUGAAGACUUUGCUCAAAAAAUGAUUGAGAAAAUGGAUGAAAGAAGAAAUUGGAAAAAUAUAAAUAAUGAAAAAGGGAGAAUGAUGUACAAGAAACUAAAUAAUGAAUUGAGGCAUGAAACUGGAAAAGCUAGAGAAGCUUGGUUAAGUAAGGAAUGUGAGGAAAUCGAAGAACUGAACAAAAAAGGCAGAUAUGAUCUAUUAUACAAAAAAGUCAAAGAACUAACAAAUGAUCGCACCCACCAAAUUCUGACUAAUGAUGAAAGAGGACCUAUUAUCAUGAAAGAUGAAGUUGGAUUGGCAAUUAAAGAAUUGAAAAACAAGAAGUCAGAAGGAGUAGAUGGAAUACCAGCUGAAUUUCUAAAAGGGUUAGGCAAGGAAGGAAUCAAGAAAAUAACAGACUUAUGCAAUCUCAUAUAUAAAACAGGAGAAUGGCUUGAAGACUUUGCUCAAAGUAUUUUGAUACCUAUACCAAAGAAAGCAAAAGCUAAAAAGUGUAAAGACUCUACAACAAGGCUGAAACAUUUCUAUGUGAAGAACAAUUUGGAUUCAGAAAAGGAACAAGGCCUCUUGAGAACAAUCUGUGAAAGAAACAUUGAGAUAAAAAUUUAUUAUUUCUUUUUUUUAACAGAAACUGGUCUUACUACCAAAAAGAAGAGAGGACUCAAAGGCAAAAAUAGAAGCCCUUUUGAUGGUGUUCUUGUGUCCCAGCUAUUGGCACAAAGGGAUAAAUUAGGAUUAAGAAGAGACAAAAAAGAUGAUAUUCACUCCAGAGUACCUUCAGUAUCUAACCAUUUAUCUGAAGCUCAGGGAUUACCCACUGUUCAUACUGAAAAUACAUCACUUCAGACCACUACAUUAUCAGAGAACACAAAACAAACUCUGUCAGAGUACAAUCAAGAAAAUGUUUUACAUUCAAAUGUUAGUGAGUCAAAUAAUUUAACUGGACAAUAUGAAAUGGUUAAUACAUGGGGAAUUACAGAUAAUGAUUAUAAAAGAUCAGAUUCAUCAGGAUGUACAGAUGGUACCAUGCAUAACCGAACCUCACACGUAACUGUACAAGUAACUUGUUCAAGUGUAUGCGGUAGUCAGUCUAACUGUUUGAAACAAGUUCUUUCUACAAAUAGUUUAUCUUCAGUGGAAACGGAGUCAUUACAAAAGAAUGUAGAUCACAAUAGAUUACUAUACACAAAACCUACAGCUGCAUUACCUAAUAAUAAUAAUAAUAAUAAUACUUCUCAUAAUAUCAGACCUUGUCUUCAACAACAGCCUUAUUCUUCUCCUCAGUCAUUAUUUUCAUCCAGCAAUAUUGUUGCAGGAAGCAUAAAUUGCAUAAGUGGAAAUUAUUCAAAUCAACCAUCAACUGGACAUAUAUUCAGUUCACAGCUGCAAAUCAAUCAAUGUUUAGGUCUCAAUGGACAACUUCCAUGUGGUAUGUUAUCUUCACUGUCACAACAAAUUUGCUCUGCCAGUGUUCCAUUUCGUGUGGAUAGUUCAAAUGUUAUUCCCUUAACAAAUACUUUAUUUGCUGGAAGUAAUAGUAUUAAUACUACAAAUUCUAAUAUUACAGUGUCACCUCAAGCAGGAUUGCAAGGAGUUACUGUUGGAAAUAUUCCUUCACCACAGGCAUCAAAUAUCUGUGAAGUUGAAACUGUUUCAUCCAAACAAAAAAUGAAAAAAAUAGUUAAAAAUAAAGUAGGGAAGUUUGGAUGCAUGUUAGAUCGUACUUCUCCUUGUCCGAAUGUUGAUGUUAGACAGAUACCUCCUGAGCAUCAUCGCCCUCCUCCUGAAGCAAUAGCAGCUAUCACUGGAGUAAAUUCUUCACUCCAUUCAGGGCAAAAUUCAAUUCCUACUCUACUUUCUGCUGGUAAUAAUUUAAAUUAUCAACGUAAUUAUACUACAGAUAGUCAUUAUACUUUAAAUUGUCCUGUUACAUCAAAUGUUGUAGGAUUAUCUACACAACCUUGCAGAACAGAGGUUGAAAAUAAUUUUAUUGAUUCAAUAAGUAAGACUGUAGAAACAUCGCAAUCUGCUGUGAAUUCAACAUCAUUUAUUCACAAUGCAAAUGCAUUAAGUUGGCCAAAAUCUCUUUCAAGCACAUCUAUACCAAUUCAAGAUUCUAUUACAAGCAGCCAACAAACUAAAGGACAGUUGUUUCCUUAUCCAAACUGUGCCACAGUUAUGAGUAAAACUAAUAACACUCCUGUUCAUAGUUAUAAUAAUAUUCCACUGAAUGUACAAAUGGCAAAUAAUGUACAAACAACUUCAAAUAAUCCAAUUUUGAAUCGCAAUCUCUCUAACUAUGAAAAUCAGAGUGUGUUAAGUCAUACCCGAAAUCUUUCAGUAUCAAAUGCUGAAAGCAUGACUUUAAUGAACAAUUCAGUUUGCACUAAUACUAAUGGAAAUAAUUAUCAGAUAAAAUCACCAACACAAGAGUGUAAUAAAAAUUCUUCCUCCACUUCAUUAUUACACACAUAUAGUAAUCCCAAUGGGGUGCCUUCCCAUUCAUCUUCCAUGUCAUCUCUCAUUCUGCCUGUAACAAGCAAUAAUAUCAUUUUCACCUCAUCAUUAAAUGUUCCAAAUUCUUCUGGAUGUCCAUCUGUGACUUCAGUUAAUCAGAAUUUACUUGGCUUCCCUGUAACAUCAGUUGCAACUCAAACAGGUCAAAAUGCAACUGCACCUCUUCCACCUGCAUCUGUGAUGGCCUGUUUUCAGCAGCCAAGACCAGGUUUAACAAUAAAUGCACAACAGUCUGUAUUAUAUAAUGGUACUACAAAUCCAAGUGCAAGUAAUCACAAUAAUUGUGGUCCAGCAGCAACAAAUUUAUUUAUGCCUGCUACAUCUUUGUCAGGUAUAGAUGGUUCAACAGGAUCAUUACGGCCUUCAAUAUUACAGCAAAGUGUUUCUCCCGGUUUUCUUGUACAACAAGUAUUAAGUCAAAAAGUUUCUUCAGAUUAUCCUGCUGGUAAUGUAUUAUCAUCAGCAGCAAGAGCACAAGUUGUGCAGCAAGUAAGUGGAAUGGUUCUUCCAGCACCACAGUCAGGAGCAUCAUCAUCAUCUCAGCAAGUUCUUUUGGCACCCACACAAAUACGAAUGCCAGGAAAUAACAAUUUAAGUUCCCUUAUUACAAUGCUUCCAACAGGUGGAACUAGUGGUUCAGUUGUAACGGGAACCCAAGUUCUAGCCUCUCCAGCACAACAAAUGGUAAUUCAAGACAGUGUGAGACCAAAUGUUGUCAACCCUCAACAACAAUUAUUACAAAAUAAUUGUUUUAUAAUGGGACCUUCGCAACCUACUUUUGUAGCUCGGCAUCCGCAGACUCUUGUUGGACCUUCACCAGGACAGGUAACAUGUCAUACAAAUAUGCCUCUUUCUGUGUCUGGUAAUGGUUGUGGUGGAAUUCUGUAUAAUUCUCAUCAUGAUCCUACUUUAGUAAAUUCAUCAUCACUUGUUGGAUCUAUUUAUCAGAAAAAUCAUGAAUCUAAUGAAGUAAUACAGCAUGUAGUUAAUGGAUCAGAAACACAAGCCACAAUAAUAGGAAAAGAACAAAAUGUAAAUGGUAAUUAUCAGUCUGAUCAUUCACCUAGCAGAAGAUCAAUAGUACAGUCUGUUGAAGAAAGUGAAAAUGGGCAUUGUUUAUGGGCAGGAAAUCAGGCUUCUGGAACAAAUAUAAAUACUUUAAAUAAUCAAGUUACAAAUGGUGUACUUAAUCAUGCAUCAACAUCUGCAAAAGGUGGGUCAGUGCCUUCAAAUAUUUCUGGUCAAACUCUUCUGUCUAGUUGUGGCCCUGUUUUAUUAAAUGAUACAACAGGUCAUUCACAAUCAUUGACAGUGUCAAAUAUGACUAAUGUAAUUCCUAUGAUGGGAGGACAGUGUGCUAUAAAUUCUCCAAUGCCACCACUUUCUGUUCCCAAUGUAACAGCUGUUACCACCUCAAUGACUCAAGUUAUUCCUGCUGUUGGAAUUGCUCCACAAAUUUUGGGCCAGCCAGUGCAACCGGUUGUUCAAGUGAUAAAUGCUGUUCCCUUCAAUUCUAUGCAAAAUGCUGUUCUUGUAUCUGGAGGUCCUAAUAUUCUUUCUCAAACUGUAAGACUUGAUGCUCUGCAACCAGCUCCAAUGGUUGGAGCAUCUCCUGCAUCCAAUAUUUUUAACAGUGUUAUUUUACCACCUAGCUCUAUGACAUGUGUUCAAACAUCUCAAAUGGCAGCAUCAGUUUCAGUUAAUUCUCAACAAUCUGCUUUACCUGUAACAAAUCAUAAUGAUGAUGGUAGAAAUGCUACUGAUAUUGCAGCAGAAGCAAGAGCAACUCCUGGGUCAAAUUCUUCAUGUAGUACCCCAUUAUCAACAUCUAGUUCUACACCUGUACCUGUAAAUGAUGCCACACAAACUAUUUUAAACCAAGGUAAUUCACCGACAAGUAGAAAAAGAAAUCGUGAUGGAAAAAGAAAAAUGACAAGUCAAACUGUUGCAUCAAUGUUACAGUUGGGAAAUCAAGUAUCACCAGUUGUAGUUCCUGGAAUUUCUGGAUCUGGACCUCAGCAACAGUUUUUGCAACAACCACUGCUUCAUACAGUUACCGUCCUACCAUCUUUACAAGGUCAUCAGCCACGCCAAGUAAUUCAUCAACAAGUAGUUAAUUACAGCAGCAUCACUCCUGUUGGAGGACAUCAGCUUCUUACUACUGGUCUUGCCAGUCCUCUAGGAAUUGUUCAACCAUUAAAUAUGCUAGGAGUAACACCAUCAGGUACUACAGUCAUCCAGAAUAUUCCAGUUCAACAAAUGAUGCCUGGUCCACCCUUGCAGUCAGUCACUGUACUACAGGGACCACAUACAGUCAAUCCUAUCCCUCAGGACCAGCAACCAAUGGUAGUUAAUGAUCCUUCAGCAUUAGGGGUCCAACCAACUCACAUCCAUAGUGCCUUUGAUGGUGGUUCUUUGGUUCCUAAUUUGGUUGCAGCAAGUCCUGUUAUUGGUACUGCAGUGGGAGGUCCUGAAGUAUUAGUUAAUGGUACAGUGCAGGCAACACAACCUGUAGCUUCAGUACAACGACAGGCUGUUUCAUCACAACAAUUUGCUUCUGUGAUUCCACAGAUUGUUCCAUCUACAUCUCAAACAGCAACAUCUACAACAAAUACAAGGAAUGUUCAUAUUACAAAAUUAAAUGUUAGUGGUUCCUGUGUGGGAUCAAAUACAAGAUUGAUGAUGAAUUCAGUAUCUUGUGAAACUCCUGUAACAUCACUUUCAUCUUCAGAUUCUGUUUCAGAUAAUGCUGAUAAAGACUGUAAACUUGCAAAACCUAUUGAAGAAGUCUCUUUACAAGCUCGAAGCAUUGGUGUGCAAAGUGGAGAAAUGGAAGAUAAUACAGUUACACAAACUUCUAAUGUAGAAUCUGCUGUUCAUACAACAGAACAAGCAGUUACUAAUUCAGUGAAAGAAAAUAAUCCUGAACAAAAUCUUUCUGUAGAUAAUGGACAAGAAAAAGUUUCUGUAGAUGGAAAUAAUAAAUAUUUUCAGUCUAAUGUAGUAUGCAGUAAUGAAUCUGUGUGGUCUAAUCCAGUCAAUUUAUCAUCAGCCAUUGAGCAAGAAAAAUGUGUUGCAGAAGUUGCUCUUCUUUCAGAAAGAGAAACAACAGUAGCAAUUGAAAAUCAGUCUGAAGUCUCUGAAUCUUCAGUUCAAAAUGCUAUUUCUUCUGAAGAAAAUAAAACUGGUAGAAGUUUAGAAAAUAGUAAUGAAGAUGUUAGUGAUCUUCCAUCUGCUCUUGAUCUUAGUACAGCAAAUCCAUUGAUUCCCCUUUUUGAAGCCAAUAAAGGUAUUGGAUUAUGCAAUGUUGAACAAAUUGAAAGAAAUAUUGAGAAAGAAGAAACUGCUUGUGUAGAUAUUACAGAAGAAUGGAAUAGCACAGCAUUAUCAGAGUUGCCAUCUGAAACAACUGAUAAUGCAGCAGAAAAUGCAUCAACAGCAUCUUCUGACACUUCAGAACAAACAAGUGAUGGUCAUGUAACAAGUGAUUCUGGAGUUGAAUCAAGUCAAGAACCUAUGAAUUUGGCAUGCAACAGAGGAGAGCGAAAUAGUGUGUCUUUAGAGAUGCUUGAUGCAAUACCAGAGACCCUAGUCACAGAGGAUAUUUCUCCUCCUUUUGAAGAUGUUAUUGACCAAGAAAUAGAAGAUGUACAGAAAAAUAGACGUAAGGGUGUAAAAAGACAUUGGAGAGAAAUGCUAGUUCUCUCUCAAGAAGGAAGUAAAGAACAAGAAUCUGAAGAUGAUACACCGAGUUCUCCACCUCUUCCUCCACAACCAAGAACGUUCAAUGUAGGAGAUUUAGUAUGGGGUCAGAUUCGAGGUUUUCCCUCAUGGCCUGGUAAACUUGUAAGAGAAGAUGAAGUGAAAGGAAAUCACAUUAAAACAGAAGCAGGAAAGUUAUGGGUGAAAUGGUUUGGAGAUCAUACUUUCACACAAGUUGAACCUGAGAAACUUAAAACAUUAUCUGAAGGUUUAGAAGCUCAUCAUCGUGCUAGGAAAAAACAUCGAAGAGGACGUAAAAUGAAUACACAUUUGGAAAAUGCUAUCCAAGAAGCAAUGCUUGAAUUAGAUAGACAGACAACAACUUUAGUGAAGGGUUCUUCAGUUGCUUCCCAUUCCCCACCUAUUACUAAUAGCCGAGCAGGGAAAUCUCGGGGACCUAAAUAUCGGAGACUAAGAUAACAAAUCUGUGAAUCUGUACAUGUAUUUAGCGACAACUACUUGUUAUAGCCAUGGUGAUGACUUGUUGACUGAUGUUCUGAGUAACACUUUCUGUGUGCCUCACUUUUCAUUAGAUUAUUAUGAAGAAAUAUCAUUGGCCUGGUGGUUAUCAUAAAUCCAGCAAAAACACUUCUCAGUUAUGCACCUGCAAUUGUUUUUGUUUAUUUGGAAGUUUUAAGAAUGUCUGUUGGCGUUGAAGCUUGUAGUUUAUGGGCCAAUCAUGUGUAUAAAAAAAUCCCUCAUUUUUGUCUGUAUACUCAUCAUGUAAGCACCACAAAGACUGGUGCUGUUGACAGAUUUCUCAACUGCUUAUUGGAUCUUUUGAAGUAUCCAUGAGCAGAUAUCAUCCUUGAGGGAUAUGACAAUAAUUGACAGUGGAGAAACACAAAUCAUUGGACACACCUGUUAUCGCUUAGCUGAGUUAGUUUUGCCAGAUGAAGAGUGUAAAAGUUGACUACUCAUCGAGUGCAGUUGUUUCUGUUUUUAUAAUGCAUAAGCAUAGGGUGAUGCGUCUAUGCUCAAUGUAGUUUAUUUCCCUUAAAUGGAUUCGGUUGUUGACGUUGUGUGUGGAUGUGCUUUGUGCACCCAUUUUUAGCCAGAUGCUCCUUCAGAGAUUAAAACCUUAUGCACUUCAAACCCAUUGUGUGAGUGUCUUUGUUUGCAUGUUAAAAGUUUUGUUAGUACAGUAUAUGGGAAAUACUGGAAUUAAAUUGAAAAUUUUACUGAAACUUAAUAUUGUAUCUUGCAAAAGCAAAAUAUUUUGCAUUAAUUUGAAAUACAAUUAAUAAUGAUCAAUAAACGUUGUUUAGUAUUCCUUACUCUGCCAUACUGAAAAUAAGAUCUACAAAUUA